ACGAUGGCUGCUCUCACUGCGCGCCGAGGACGCGUUUCCCAGACAGAGGGAAGAGCCCGGUUUCUGGCGGCUUAUGCAUCAUCACUUUAGAAACCACUACUGGACUGGUCGUGGCUCCUGGUACCUGUUACUGAACCCCGAUAUCAGUGCCAUAAAAGCGGAGAUUGGGUCUGUUUGCAGCAGUUCUGUGCGUCCUGCGGGGGAGAAGAAGCUCCGGCUGCAGUUUGAUCUCAGGUGGGCGCAAAAAGGUAACCCCAUGCCAUUGAGGCCACGGAGGCUUUAAAUUGUAAGCCGCUCUCGCAGGAAAGAACAUGGAUAGAGAGGAAUUUCCUCUGACUGGUGCGCUGAGUGGAUUUGUGCUUGGAAACUAAACUGAGGAUAUAGUGACUAGAGCGCAGUCACUAGUCUCAGCGCGCCAUUUCUCUCCAAGCUUAAUAUUAUUUUGCUGUUUUGAAAUUUCCAACGAGGAUAUAGGUUGAUUUUGAAACCAUAACCAUGGGGAAAGAGGAGUGCAAAACCAUGCUGGACGCUUUGAACAAAGUGACAGCCUGCUACCGGCACCUGGUCAUCGCCCUGGGCAGCACGUCGGACUCCCAGAACCUGCGGGAGGAGCUGAAAAAGACCCGCAAAAAGGCCCAGGAGCUGGCCGUGGCCAACAGGACUAAACUGACCUCCCUGCUCAAAGACAAGAGCAUCAGCAAGGACGACCGCGCCGAGUACGAGCGCCUGUGGGUGCUGUUCUCCAGCAGCAUGGAGCUGCUGGAGGUGGACAUGAAGCGCUCCCUGGAGAUCGCGCAGGAGUUCCCGCUCAAGGUCCCCACCAGACACCUCAUCCAGACCGGCAUGACCGGCAGCACCAGCACGGUGGCCGCCCGGGCCAUGAGCGUGCAGAACAUGAAGUACGAGGCGGACAGCAACAUCGACACGGUGGACCUGAAGGAGCUGCAGAGCGAGAUCACCCAGGUGAGCAGCAUGAUGGAGGAGAUGGAGAUGAAGGUGCAGGUGGCGCCCUGGGCCGUGGUGGCCAAGCAGGAGGCGGGGGCCGAGCUCAAGUCCAACAUGAGCGUGGGGAACUCCUCCGUGGGAGUCAUCUCCAUCUGCGAGGAGGAGCCCAAGGACGAGGAAGGUGGAGGAGGAGGCAGAGACGGGGGCUUCGCCUCCAUCGGCGCCGUGGUGAUUUUCGUUGUCAUCGUGACAGUGGCUCUGGUUCUCGGAUAUUUGGUCAUCAAUAUGUCCUGAAGUGAUCAAUAACCGCCCACCCUGAAGGACAUCCCGGCAAGGCCGCCCACGGGGGCGCCACCGUGGGAAAUAGCAGCUCCACGAGAGACAGACAGACUUGAAGCCGUGAAAAGAUUGUUGACACACAAAAGUAAAUUGUUUCUUUCUCAGAUUCGUGAAUGUAUUUUGGAGGAGUUCAAGAUUUGCACUUGAUAAGUUACACUAGAACAAUAUAGACACUGUGCGUAUAUGAGGCAGAGAAUGGACGUGGGCGCAAAAAAGACAUCUGAAAGGGGGCAAUUUGGUCAUUUAUUUUUGGGCGAGGGUGGAAAAAAAGUCAUGAAAUUACGUGACAGUGUCUGGCCAUCAGGAUGACAUAAACCACACGUAAUCCAAGUGGAUUAGUGGAAAAGAUCAAGCGUAAAUGUAGCCUACGGUUAAGUAUUCUCUUAAUGUCCCACUGAUUGAUGCUUUAACUUUGUUUGGUUUUUCAAUCCAGUAAAGUCAGAUGUGUUCAAGCGAAAAGGGAACCAUCUAGUCUGAAAACGAGUUUCAUGCUGCAGGCCCAAGGCGACUAACACAUGCAGGGCCAGAUCCACUGCAGUUAAUCCUCGCUCUUGCCAUCACACUGGCUGGAUGUGAUCAAAUCUGCGCUCUUCUGCACUCCCGUUAGCACAUUUUAAUGCAUCCCAAUAAUCUGCACGGACAGAUUGUGGUAGACCUGUCUCUGACUUUACUGCAUCAAAUCUCAACGUGCUCCAUGAGAGCCUUGGGACCUUCAGUAUAGAGACGUCUUCUAGCAAAGCACCUGUUCACUGUAAGCAUACACUUGUUCCCUUUCAGGGUCUUCUUGCAAACAGUGUUGAAUGUAAAAUAAUUGCAACUUGUGAAUAGAGGGUUUUGCGCAUUACAGCAAGUCUAAACUGCAGUGUCAGAUAAUGUGCAUACAUUCAAGUAUAUUUAUUAUAAUAAAACUCUGAAACAUACUUGAAAAUGAGCUUGUACUGUAGUUCGAAGCCAACUCUGCCUGUGGCUGCGCAAACGACGUCCAUCUGACUUCUAUGUCUCUUUAUGUUGUUUGAGGGGAAUCUACCUGGUUUGUGAACAUUGCAAAGCUAGAGAUGCAUUCAUCUAAUGUGCUUAAAGGUAUUUUAAGUCAAGGGUUAUUCUCAGACGUAACAACCUUAGUGUUAAAUUAGUGUUAAAGGAAAGGAACACACAUGCUUAACCUCACUAAUAGUUUUAGUUGUAAUAGUCUUUGAUGAUAUUCCUGGACUAGCACAAAGGUGAGACCUUAGGGGGGUGUGCGGGGGAGGCUGUCACUUAUUCAGCCAUCAGGAACCCCAGGUCACCUAAAGGACUUUAGAUAUUCAAUCAUUAACAGAUGCUUCAAGACCAGCUUUUGAUGGCAGCUACAGAAACAUUUAACAUAUUGGAAGAUGACAGUUGCGAUGGACUGGCGACCUGUCCAGGGUGUUUAUCCUGCCUCUCGCCUGACGUUAGCUGGGAUAGGCUCCAGCAGACCUCUGUGACCCUGCAAAGGAUAAAUUGGGUAUAGAAUAUGGAUGGAUGGAUGGAUGGAUGGAUGGAUGGAAGAUGACAGCAGCUUAAAGAAUUUGCCUGAAUUUCAUAGGCUAUGGAUCUUACCUAUAUUCAUUAAAAAGAGAGAACUGUUAACCAAGUUUAAUCUAUUGUUUCAGUUUGUAACAAACAAAUGAAUUACGUACGUCCAGGUUUAGAUAAUAAGUGGAAAAUCAGGUCAGAUGCACCAAACCUUCCAAAGGUUGUCAGAAGGUCCAGAUUAUUGUGUUUAUAGUGUUAUUUUAUUAUAUGUCAAUAUAAAUACUGUUCAAUAUACAAUUUUCUCCUCAAAACAGUGUUCAUGAUUUAAUUACAGCGAAUCUCUUUUUGAGUCAAUGAAAAACAUACCAGUAAGCUGACAAAAACAACAUCUGAAUUAUAUUCCCGAGCAUUGUCGUGACCCAUAUAUUUUGCAAGCUGACUUAUACGAAGAGACUGAUAAUAAGGUGUUGCAGAGAUGUAAACAAGAGUGGCUUCACGUUGAAUGAGCUCAGCACCACCUGCCUACUAUAAUGUUUAGUACAGACGCGAGCAAACACUUCAGACUCUUUAUCAUAAUUUUACAAAGACAACUUUUGAAUUAGAUGUAAUGUGGAGUCUAAUAAAAAAUCUGUUCAAAUGAGCUCUUAAUUGAUGCAAAUCAUCACUUCAUCCACUUUUGGGCAGGUUCUCCAGUAAUUGGUAGCAAACCCGUGGGAUUUAAAGUCCAGGCAGGCCUUAGUUGCAGGCUGAAAGUAAUAGUCUCAAAGGAUCAAAUUUAAUUAUAGCACCUUUUCCUCUCCUUUCAUUCUGCUUGGGGGAGGAGGGCAGUUGUGAUUAAACUCCCAUACGAUGAGAUCAGACCAGCUGCGGCACCAGUCUCAAACUGAAACACCCUUGAAC